UUCCCGUGCCCGCGCCCGGCCGGCCGUGGCGGGUGUAAAGGUCGGAGUGCCGGUGUGUCGGAGUGUCCGUGUGUCCGUGCGGCGGUCGGUCCGGCCGCCCGCCGCCCCCAUGCCCCGCGCCUAGCGCCGCCCGCCCCGGCCAUGUCCGCCGCGCAGCUCUACACCAAGUACACUAAGGUUUGGAUUCCUGACCCUGAUGAAGUUUGGAGAUCAGCAGAAAUUAUCAAGGAUUACAAAGAGGGAGAUAAAAGCCUCCAGCUGAAACUUGAAGAUGAAACUCUGUACGAAUAUCCCAUCGACCUCCAAGGGAAUGAGCUGCCCUUCCUGCGCAAUCCAGACAUCCUGGUGGGGGAGAAUGACCUGACAGCCCUCAGCUACCUGCACGAGCCUGCGGUCCUGCACAACCUCAAAGUCAGGUUCCUCGAGUCCAACCACAUCUACACCUACUGUGGUAUCGUGCUGGUGGCUAUCAACCCCUAUGAGCAGCUGCCAAUCUACGAGCAGGAUGUCAUCUACGCCUACAGCGGCCAGAACAUGGGGGACAUGGACCCCCACAUCUUCGCCGUGGCCGAGGAAGCCUACAAGCAGAUGGCCAGGGAUGAGAAGAACCAGUCCAUCAUCGUGAGCGGGGAGUCGGGGGCAGGCAAGACAGUCUCUGCCAAAUACGCCAUGCGCUUCUUCGCCACCGUCGGGGGCUCCGCCAGCGAGACCAACAUCGAAGCCAAAGUCCUGGCCUCCAGCCCCAUCAUGGAGGCCAUUGGAAAUGCUAAAACAACAAGGAAUGACAACAGCAGCCGCUUUGGGAAAUACAUUCAGAUUGGCUUUGAUAAAAGGUACCACAUUAUUGGUGCCAACAUGAGGACGUAUCUGCUGGAAAAAUCUCGGGUUGUAUUUCAGGCAGAGGAUGAGCGCAACUACCACAUCUUCUAUCAGCUCUGUGCCUCCUCAAGCCUUCCAGAAUUCAAGGACCUUGGACUCACAUGUGCCGAAGACUUUUUCUACACUUCUCAGGGAGGUGACACGUCCAUCGAUGGCGUGGAUGAUGCUGAUGACUUUGAGAAGACCAGGCAUGCCUUCACCCUGCUCGGAGUGAAGGAGUCUCAUCAGAUGACCAUUUUUAGGAUAAUUGCUGCCAUUCUGCACCUGGGGAACUUGGAAAUCCAAGGGGAACGAGAUGGGGAAGCCUGCAGUGUUUCGAGCGAGGACGAGCACCUGAGCAACUUCUGCAGCCUGCUGGGCGUGGAGCACAGCCAGAUGCAGCACUGGCUGUGUCACCGCAAGCUCGUCACCACGGCUGAGACCUACGUGAAGAGCAUGUCCCUGCACCAGGUGGUGAACGCCAGGAACGCCCUUGCCAAGCACAUCUAUGCCCAGCUCUUCAACUGGAUCGUGCAGCACAUCAACAAGGCCCUGCACACCACUGUGAAGCAGCACUCCUUCAUCGGUGUGCUCGACAUCUAUGGGUUUGAAACUUUUGAAGUGAAUAGCUUUGAGCAGUUCUGUAUCAACUAUGCCAACGAAAAGCUCCAGCAGCAGUUCAACUCGCACGUGUUUAAACUGGAACAAGAAGAGUACAUGACGGAGGGAAUCCCUUGGACUCUCAUAGACUUCUAUGACAACCAGCCCUGCAUAGACCUGAUAGAGGCCAAGCUUGGGAUCCUGGACCUGCUGGAUGAAGAGUGCAAGGUGCCCAAGGGCACGGACCAGAACUGGGCGCAGAAGCUGUACGACCGCCACGCCGCCAGCCAGCACUUCCAGAAACCUCGCAUGUCCAACACCUCCUUCAUCAUCCUGCACUUCGCUGACAAGGUGGAGUACCAGAGCGAGGGGUUUCUGGAGAAGAACAGGGACACCGUGUAUGAGGAGCAGAUCAACAUCCUCAAAGCCAGCAAGUAUCAGAUGGUAGCAGACUUAUUCCAGGAGGAGAAGGAAGCUAUGCCUGCCACUGCCGUGCGGAAGGGAACACCCCGGAUCAGCGUCCGCUCUGCCAGGCCAGCCUUCAAAGCUGCCAACAAGGAGCACAGGAAAACAGUGGGACACCAGUUCCGCAACUCCCUGCACCUGCUGAUGGAGACCCUGAACGCCACCACCCCACACUACGUGCGCUGCAUCAAGCCCAACGACGAGAAACUCCCCUUCAAAUUUGAUCCAAAGAGAGCAGUGCAGCAGCUGAGAGCCUGUGGGGUGCUGGAGACCAUCCGGAUCAGUGCAGCUGGCUUCCCAUCCAGGUGGUCCUACCCUGACUUUUUCAAUAGGUAUCGUGUGCUUAUGAACAAGAGAGACCUCUCUAAGAAUGACAAGAAGCAGAUCUGUCAGACCCUGUUGGAAGACCUCAUUAAGGAUCCAGACAAGUUCCAGUUUGGCCGUACCAAGAUCUUUUUCCGUGCAGGCCAGGUGGCAUAUCUGGAGAAACUGCGGGCAGAUAAGUUCAGAGCUGCCACCAUCAUGAUCCAGAAGACUGUGCGGGGCUGGCUGCAGAGGGCCAAGUACCAGCGGCUGAGACGAGCCACCCUCACCCUGCAGUGCUAUGCCCGCAGGCACCUGGCACGAAGGCUUUUUGAGCACCUGAGGAGGACGAGGGCUGCCAUCGUCUUGCAGAAGCAGUACCGAAUGCUGCGGAUGCGCCAGGCUUUCCUGAGGGUCCGCAACGCCACCCUCACCAUCCAGGCUUUUGCUCGGGGCAUGUUUGUCAGGAGGAUUUAUCACCAGAUGCUGAUGGAACACAAGGCCACCAUACUGCAGAAGUACGCCCGGGGCUGGCUGGCCCGCACGCGGUUGCGCCGGGCCCGGGCCGCCGCCGUGGUGCUGCAGUGCCACUGGCGGCGCCUCAGGGCCCGGCGCCAGCUCCAGGCCCUCCGCAUCGAGGCACGCUCGGCACAGCACCUCAAGAAGCUCAACAUUGGCAUGGAGAACAAGGUGGUGCAGCUGCAGAGGAAGGUGGAUGAGCAGAACAAGGAGAACAAACUUCUGAAUGAGCAGCUGUCCAUGCUGACAUCAGCCCACUCCUCCGAGGUGGAGAAGCUGAAGAAGGAGCUGCAGCAGUACCAGCAGACCCAGCAGGGUGAUGGCAACCAGCUCCUCAGCCUGCAGGAGGAGAUGGAGCGGCUGCGGAUGGAGCUGGAGAGGGCUCACGGGGAGAGGGAGGUCAUGGAGGACAGCCACGGCAAGGAGAGGGACCUGCUGAGGAAGCGCAUCUCUGACCUGGAAGAAGAAAACACUCUCCUGAAGCAGGAAAAAGAGGAGCUGAACAGCAGGAUUCUCUGUCAAUCUGAAGAUGAAUUUGCACAAAACACAGCUGAAGAAAAUAUCCAGAUGAAGAAAGAGCUGGAAGAAGAGAGGUCUCGUUAUCAGAACCUGGUAAAAGAGUAUGCAAGUCUGGAGCAGAGAUAUGACAAUUUGAGGGAUGAAAUGACUAUUAUUAAGCAAACACCGGGGCACAGGAGAAGCCCAUCCAACCAGAGCAGCUUGGAGUCUGAUUCCAAUAACCCAUCCAUCUGCACGUCUGAGAUUGGGGACACCGAGGAUGUGAUACAGCAGGUGGAGGAGAUUGGGAUGGAGAAAGCAGCCAUGGACAUGACCCUCUUCCUAAAGCUGCAGAAGCGAGUGAGGGAGCUCGAGCUGGAGAGGAGGAAGCUGCAAGCCCAGCUGGAGAAAAAGGAGCAAGAGAUCAAGAAAUCCCAGGUAAUUGAAACAAAGACUGAAGUAUCUUCGGAACAUGAAGAUUUUGCAUACAACAGCCUGAAGAGGCAAGAGCUGGAGUCAGAGAACAAGAAGCUGAAAAAUGAGCUCAACGAGCUGAGGAAGGCCAUAGCAGACCUUGCCACACAGAACAACUCCUCCAACGAUGUGCAGGACAGCUACAACCUCCUUCUGAACCAGCUGAAAUCGGCCAACGAGGAGCUGGAGGUGCGCAAGGAGGAGGUGCUGAUCCUCAGGUCGCAGAUCAUGAAGGCAGCCCAGCAGAAGGAGACUGGGAAAAACAUGGAGAACAUCUCCCCCAAUGCCAGCUGGCCCAACAGUGACCGGCACGUUGACCAGGAGGACGCGAUCGAAGCCUACCAGGGCAUAUGUGAGACCAACCGCAAGACUGAGGACUGGGGGUAUCUCAACGAAGACGGAGAGCUCGGCUUGGCUUAUCAAGGUUUAAAGCAAGUUGCCAGGCUGCUGGAAGCACAGCUCCAGGACCAGAGAAGGGAGCAUGAGGAGGAGAUGGAAGCUCUGAGAAACCAGGUGGAUUUAAUGCAAGAGGAGCUGGAGAAGCAGCAGCAGGCAUUCCUGCAGACUCUGCAGCUCUCUCCAGAGGUCCAGGUGGAGUUAGGACUUCAGCAAGAAAUUACACGUCUGACCAAUGAAAACCUGGAUCUUAAAGAAUUGCUGGAAAAGUUGGAAAAGGAUGAAAAGAAGCUGAAGAAGCAGCUGAAGAUUUACAUGAAGAAGGUCCAAGAUUUUGAAGCAUCCCAGACAAUGGUGCCAGUGGAGAGAAGGCCGCACGAGCGGAACAUGCAGGUUGCUGUCCAGAGGAAGGAGAAGGAUUUUCAGGGCAUGCUGGAAUAUUACAAAGAAGAUGAGCCACUCCUCAUCCGAAACCUCAUUACAGAUCUUAAGCCCCAGGCAGUGUCUGCAACUGUUCCCUGCCUUCCUGCUUACAUCCUCUACAUGUGCAUCAGACACGCAGAUUACAUCAAUGAUGACCAGAAGGUGCACUCCUUGCUCACCUCCACCAUCAAUGGCAUUAAGAAAGUGCUGAAGAAGCACCACGAUGACUUUGAGAUGACGUCGUUCUGGCUGGCGAACACGUGCCGCCUCCUGCACUGCCUGAAGCAGUACAGUGGGGAAGAGGGUUUCAUGACCCAAAACACAGCGAAGCAGAAUGAGCACUGCCUGAAGAACUUUGACCUGACCGAGUACCGCCAGGUGCUGGGCCACCUCUCCAUCCAGAUCUACCAGCAGCUCAUCAACAUUGCAGAGGGCAUCCUGCAGCCCAUGAUCGUGUCUGCUGUGUUGGAAAAUGAGAGUAUCCAAGGGCUUUCCAGUGUCAAACCGGUGGGCUACAGGAAAUACUCCUCCAAUGCGUCAGAAGGUGGCAGCUCCUACAGCUUGGAUGAAAUGAUUCACCAGUUGAACACAUUCCACAGCAUCAUGUGUGACCAAGGCCUGGACCCAGAGAUCAUCCAGCAGGUGUUUAAGCAGCUCUACUACAUGAUCAACGCCAUCGCCCUGAACAACCUCCUGCUGAGGAAGGAUGUCUGCUCAUGGAGCACGGGCAUGCAGCUGAGGUUUAACAUAAGCCAGCUUGAGGAAUGGCUGCGUGGGAAGAAUCUGCAACAGAGUGGAGCAGCGCAAACUCUGGAGCCCUUGAUUCAGGCAGCACAGCUCCUGCAGCUGAAAAAGAAAACCUCAGAGGAUGCCGAGGCCAUCUGCUCCUUGUGCACGUCACUCACGACCCAGCAGAUUGUAAAGAUACUUAAUCUCUACACUCCUGUGAAUGAGUUUGAAGAACGUGUGACAGUAGCUUUCAUACGAAACAUACAGAAGCAGUUGCAAGAACGGAAUGACCCUCCACAUCUGCUGUUAGACUUCAAGCACAUGUUCCCAGUUCUGUUCCCAUUCAACCCAUCUGCCAUCACCAUGGACUCCAUUCAUCUCCCUGCUUCCCUCAACUUGGAUUUUCUCAAUAAAGUCUGAAGAAAGUAGAAUUAAGCUCAACUCUCACACCCAGAGACUUCCAGCAAUGAAAGAAAAAAUAAUAAAAAGAAUUCAAGAGCUCUUUAAAUAUGGACCAAACAGGCUUAUGGAAGAACCAGUACACAGUAACAAAUGGAAGCUAAAGUGUACACUAAAAAAGACACUGGUCUGUAUGUGAUCAUGUGAUUUUCUUUUGGUAAUUUGCAGCUCAGAAAUAAGGAUACUUGAAAAUAGAUUUAUUUUUUACUGCUUGAUUUUAUGUUGACAUAGUUCAAAGCCCAUAAUCAUCUCCAAAAGUCACUAAAAAAAAGGAUGGAAGUGGGAGACUGCUUAUUUUAAUCUUCUUAGGUGUCUAUGACAAAAACAGAAUCUGAGACACCUGUGCUGCCUUGAAGGAUGUGUCAUUUGUCUAGUAGCAGGUGGUCUUGUGUGUGUGAAUAACAAAACAUGCAGUUCUGCCUUCAGGUCUUGUUAGUAACUACAUUCACAAUAGUGAAUUGGAAAGGUAAAUUUCAGAAGGUAUGUAUUUGUCACACCAUAAAUGUAUCAGGGCUGGGAUGCUUCUUGUUCCCACUGGUGGGGAAUUUGUCACAACUUGUAUGUUUGAGAAAUGCUGUUGCUGCUCCUAAGUACAUUCAGUGCAUCUGCUUCGUGGAAAUUUAACUAAAUUGGCAGGACUUUGUUCCAUUGGACUUUCUUACAUUAUCAACUUUACCUUAGCAAAGGUUUUGUCCUAGUGAAAUAAUCAUGAUGCAAAGGACUGCCUUAAGCCUUCUGCUUCUAGUAUAGCAUCACUCUGAUCCCUACUGUUGGCUUUCCUUGUGCUUUCAAGUGUCAAACACUUUCAUCCGGUGGCUGUCAUGGUUCUUGGACCUCUCAAAUGGCCAUUAUCAGAAUCCCAUGCAUAGGUCCUGCUAAGGAUCCUGCUAAGUUUAAUCAUCCAGCCCUACCUAUGUUCAGUGGGUUAAUCCUAGCUGUAGCUGUCCAUGGAAUAACUCCAUUCAGUUCAGUAGCCAUCCAAAAUGUUAAGAAUCAUGCAAAUACAGAGCUUGGAUAAAUGAAGAAUAUUUUAAAAACUAAAAAAGUUCGAAAAGAGAUUAAAUGUUCUAACACCAAAAAGAAAAGGAAAUGUCAGGUGGUAUGUUAGUGAUAUAAGCCAUUAGUAGUGUAAGUCAAAAUAAUGUAAGCCAUUUCUUUAAGAGUGAACCCAAACUCUUUGUCUGCAACAAACUUAAAUGAAUAAUUGCUUUCAAUUCAGAUUCUGUUAGUUGGUUUGGGUUUUUUUUAAUCAGGCUUACAGACUAAUCAACCAACAAACCAACCCUCUGACCUCACCACAGAGAUGUUGCAGGAGACCAGGCAGUGGUUUUUCUUUGGACCUUGCCAGCACACGCUGCGUUCUCAGUGACUGCUGAGCAGGGGAGGAGGUGGGUUCCCAAGGGUCAGUGUUGCUCCACGACUGCUCAGCAUGGGGAUGCUUCUGCCAUAGCAGGACAUGCCAAACUGCAAUCAGGGUGUGUGGCUGCCAGCAUUCUGCCCUUUCCACAAGGCUUGUUUAAAUCAGUCUUAACUCACCUGCUUUUGUGGUUCCUUCUGUGGUCCGCAGCUCCAUCAUGGCUAAGAGCUUUCAAAGAAAAUCCAUUCUCUCCAUCUGACUCUUUUUAGCUGGUGUAAAUCCAAACAGCAGAUUUAUGACCAGGUAGGCUGUCUGCUCAGAGGUUGAAAGUAGAAUGUGAAGUUUCUUGAAGAUACACUAAUUCCUAUCUGCUGCAGUUUCCUUUCUAGGCAAGGAGCAUGUUGUGAUUUAGACAUCAUGUAUAUAAUUGGUGUAUAUACUAACCGCAGUAGUCCUGUAUGUACCAUAUAUGUAUAUUACUAUCUGAAAAAGCACAUUUUAAAAGAAACUGUUGAGUGCUGUGCAGAAUUAUAUCAGUUAAUGCCAGUGGGUAAAUGCCUUCUUUCAAACUGAGACUAUAGUUUAGAACAACUGUUACCACUGAAGGAGAGACUUCAGGCUAAAAAUUAAUUUUUUUCCCCUUAACCAUAACCCAUCCAUCUAAUGAUAGAUGUUUUGCUUGUGUAGAGCCAGGACUAGCUCCAAACUUCAGUCCUCGAGCUCUCACCUCUGCCUUGUCUUCAGUAGUGCCUUCAUCUCCCCUUGCUAUACAAUGAGGGUAAUGCCACCACUCUGCUGUCCCUGCCCAGCAAGCCCCACCACCCACUCAUCUGCAAUAUCUUUAUUUAUUUUCACCUACCUCUUUUCACAAUGAAUGUCUUUGUAGUGCUCUGACUUUUUUUAUUUGUUGUCUCUCCCUUCUCUCCACGCUCCAACACUCGCCAUGGUUUAAGGAUAAAUAAUUCAAAGCAGGAUUCAGCCUUUCUGUAAGGUGGUUUAAACAGAGAGCUGUUGCUCAGGACUCAUGUUAGGUCAGCAGUUUCAGGCAGUUCAGGUCUCUACCUCUUUCUGAUGUAAAUUAUUUGGAGUACAAUUCCCAAUGCAUUGAUUAAACAUAUGCUUAUCACUCAGACUAAGUGACAGGUUGCUGCAGAAUCCUCUUCUGCAGUGACUUUGCUGCUGAUUACCAUUGUAAAAUGUGCUUAAUGGUCUUCUAGGGGAUAAUGGUCCUUCACUGGCACUUUCAGGAUCGUAAUUUAUAUGCUCUUUCUUAAAAACUCUUAGUAUGUGUAGAUGGGAACUGGGAUUUAAUGUCUUGAUCUGUGAUCAUGUAGUUCAUCCAGUGAGAUCCAUCUGAAAGAGAACUCUGUAUGAAAUAUCUUUAAUAUAUAUUAUCUUUUCUGUUAGCAGUUUUUAAAAUUUGUAUUUAAAUGCUUAUUUAGUAAAUUGCUAUGCUCAAGCAUGCCUUCGUUCCUUACAUUUACACUUCUUUAUUUAAAAAGCAAAAUGAACACAAAGCAUGGCUUAGAGAAAGCUGGUUCUUCUCCAGAUCUGUCUUUAUUUUUAGAUAUUGAUUAUUAAGUUUAGCAUUUUCCCACUCUGUGCCUUUAGCUGUUUAGCUCAACCACUGUUUCUCUGAAAUAAGCAUUUAAACAGUGAAAUAUUUUUAUUAUUCUGUCAUAGAAAAAGUUGUCUAUGGAUAUAAAAGCCUUCUUAUAAAAUUUUACAUUGAGGAGGUCUGCAAAAAUACUUUGAAGUUCUUGGGGAAAAAAACCAAAACAAUAGUGACCCAUGGUGAUUUCUGCAACUAUCGAUGGCUUAUUUCUCAGAAAAGCACUAUUGGGAAUAAAAUAAAUUAAGUUAAACCAUCAAAACGCCCAAAUCAUCAGCAUUACAGAACCAACACUUCAAACAAGAAUUCAGGCAUAUGCUGGCUGACCUACAAGAAGCAUCCAGGACAAUGUCCACGUUUCAUUUUCACCAGAAAGUUCCUUUUCUUCUUCUAUUUUUUUUUUUUUAAUUGGCAUUUUGUAGCUGAGGUUGUUUAUCUUAUCUGAUAAAGCUGCUGUAGUUGACUGUAGAAAAAGAACAUUAGAUCUCAAAACUGAAUUUUUGCAAUCCUACAUUACAAACAUUUUUUUGCUCAUGCAGUUUAUUCCACUGGAUUGACAAGAAUUUCUUCGUGCUUGUGAAAAAGUACCAAAAUGUGGGCAUGUUAUAAGCAUAGUGGCUGCUUUUCAUCACCCUGCAACUUGAACACUGAAGUCUUUGCAGGACAUGUCUCCUCAUUUGUGUGAUUUGCAAAAGAUACAAAUGAAAAAGCUGCACUUGAAAACUAUGGUUGUUUUCCUCCAUUUUUAAAAGUAAACGAAUAAAAUCGUGCAAACUUAUUCUUUCAGACCAUUAACUGAAAAAUUAGCAUUUUAUUAUUGCAGAUGAAUAGAACAGAACAUAAUUAAAAUGAAUUGUAUGAACUUCAAUGAAGCUUUUUCUUCAGACUUUAUUGAUUCACAUAUAUAUUACAGUCAUAAAUAAAUACUUUUUUUUCUGAAAGAAAUUCUCUCAAGGCAGAUGUUAAGUAAAACAAUCCAGAAGACAUAACCCUGAUGAGUAUCCAGAUUAUUUCAAGGUGUGAAUGCAAGUGGACAAAGACUUUCAGAUUAAUUUGAAAUUAGAAGAAAAAAAAAAUAUGCUAAAAAAGUGCUACUAUAUUGAAAUCUUUGGGGAUAUUUUUUUUUUGUGGUGUGAAGUGUCAUUAUCUUAAUGAGCAGAAGGUAGAGCUGGUGUCAAAGUUGAAUGAUAUACAUGAGUGAAUACUGUAGAUGAAAUACUACUGCUUAUAAAAUAUUUUUCCAUUUUGAACAAAUCUGUAAACUACACCUUUGUUUUUAAGAAAAUGCUUGUAAUAGUCACUGUAAUAUUCAGCUGGGGAUAAAAAAAUUUGUGAAAUAAACACUUUUG